CCGGCGGCCGCCGCGGGCAGCCGGGAGGAGGUGUGUGUACUGCUCCCGCGAGCUCCUGGGCUCAGCGAUCGGGGCAUGCUUAGGAUUGGCCAUAUUUAAACAAAUUUUUAAGUAGGACUUGCACCUUCUUUCCCUUCCUCCCUCCGUCUUCCCGCCCCUCCUCGGUUAUUUAUUUCAAGCUUCUAGUCGAGAGCCACAAAAGAAAGGAAAACAACAAGGAAUUAGAUGCGUGAGUGGUAACUCCUGGCCGGGCUAAGGUGGACUCUGCUGCAGCCAACUUCCUAUCAGAUCAGCCUGCUGGACUUUCAGACCGGAAUGGGGCUUGCCUGAGGUCCAGCCCUUUUCACAGGGGCCGGGAGCCAAGCCGUGCGGAAGCUGCUGUGUGUUGGAUGGGGGUAGGCGGGGGCCGGAGUGGGAUUUCCACCGUGCAGCCCGCCGGGGCGUUACGCCGGGCAUAAUGGAAUUGCAGAGGACGUCUAGCAUCUCUGGGCCGCUGUCCCCAGCUUACACGGGGCAGGUGCCUUACAACUACAACCAGCUGGAAGGCAGAUUCAAGCAGCUACAAGAUGAGCGUGAAGCUGUGCAGAAGAAGACCUUCACCAAGUGGGUCAAUUCCCACCUUGCCCGGGUGUCCUGCCGGAUCACAGACCUGUACACUGACCUUCGAGAUGGACGGAUGCUCAUCAAGCUACUGGAAGUUCUCUCUGGAGAGAGGCUGCCUAAACCCACCAAGGGACGAAUGCGUAUCCACUGUCUGGAGAAUGUGGACAAGGCCCUUCAGUUCCUGAAGGAGCAGAGAGUCCAUCUUGAGAACAUGGGGUCCCAUGACAUCGUGGAUGGGAACCACCGGCUGACCCUCGGCCUCAUCUGGACCAUCAUCCUGCGCUUCCAGAUCCAGGAUAUCAGUGUAGAAACUGAAGACAACAAAGAGAAGAAAUCUGCCAAGGACGCAUUGCUGUUGUGGUGCCAGAUGAAGACAGCUGGGUACCCGAACGUCAACAUUCACAAUUUCACCACCAGCUGGAGGGACGGCAUGGCCUUCAAUGCCCUGAUACACAAACACCGGCCUGACCUGAUAGAUUUCGACAAACUAAAGAAAUCCAAUGCACACUACAAUCUGCAGAAUGCGUUUAAUCUGGCAGAGCAGCACCUUGGCCUCACUAAACUGUUGGAUCCGGAAGAUAUCAGUGUGGACCACCCUGAUGAGAAGUCCAUUAUCACUUAUGUGGUGACUUAUUACCACUACUUCUCUAAGAUGAAGGCUUUGGCUGUUGAAGGAAAACGAAUUGGAAAGGUGCUUGACAAUGCUAUUGAAACAGAAAAAAUGAUUGAAAAGUAUGAGUCACUUGCCUCUGAUCUUCUGGAGUGGAUUGAACAAACCAUCAUUAUAUUGAACAAUCGCAAAUUUGCCAAUUCUCUGGUUGGGGUUCAACAACAGCUUCAGGCUUUUAACACUUACCGCACUGUGGAGAAACCACCCAAGUUUACUGAGAAGGGGAACUUGGAAGUGCUGCUUUUUACUAUUCAGAGCAAGAUGAGGGCCAACAAUCAGAAGGUCUACAUGCCCCGGGAGGGCAAGCUCAUCUCUGACAUUAACAAGGCCUGGGAAAGACUGGAAAAAGCGGAACACGAGCGAGAACUGGCUCUGCGGAACGAGCUCAUCAGACAGGAGAAACUGGAACAGCUCGCCCGCAGAUUCGAUCGCAAGGCAGCUAUGAGGGAGACCUGGCUGAGCGAAAACCAGCGUCUGGUGUCUCAGGACAACUUUGGUUUUGACCUUCCUGCUGUUGAGGCCGCCACAAAAAAGCACGAGGCCAUUGAGACAGACAUCGCCGCAUACGAGGAACGUGUGCAGGCGGUGGUAGCAGUGGCCAGGGAGCUUGAGGCGGAGAACUACCACGACAUCAAGCGCAUCACAGCAAGGAAAGACAAUGUCAUCCGGCUCUGGGAGUACCUGCUGGAACUGCUCAGGGCCCGGAGGCAGCGUCUUGAGAUGAACCUGGGGCUGCAAAAGAUAUUCCAGGAAAUGCUCUACAUUAUGGACUGGAUGGACGAAAUGAAGGUGCUAUUACUGUCUCAAGACUAUGGCAAGCACUUGCUUGGUGUGGAAGACCUGUUACAGAAGCACGCCCUGGUUGAAGCGGACAUUGGCAUCCAGGCAGAGCGAGUGAGAGGCGUCAAUGCCUCUGCCCAGAAGUUCGCAACAGACGGGGAAGGUUACAAGCCCUGUGACCCUCAGGUGAUCCGAGACCGCGUGGCCCACAUGGAGUUCUGUUACCAAGAACUCUGCCAGCUGGCAGCCGAACGCCGGGCUCGGCUGGAAGAGUCCCGUCGCCUCUGGAAGUUCUUCUGGGAGAUGGCAGAAGAGGAGGGCUGGAUACGAGAGAAGGAGAAGAUCCUGUCCUCCGACGAUUAUGGGAAGGACCUGACCAGCGUCAUGCGCUUGCUCAGCAAGCACCGGGCAUUCGAGGAUGAGAUGAGCGGCCGCAGUGGCCAUUUCGAGCAGGCCAUCAAAGAAGGUGAAGACAUGAUCGCGGAGGAGCACUUUGGGUCAGAGAAGAUCCGAGAGCGGAUCCUUUACAUCCGGGAGCAGUGGGCCAACCUGGAGCAGCUCUCGGCCAUCCGGAAGAAGCGCCUGGAGGAGGCCUCGCUGCUACACCAGUUCCAGGCAGACGCCGACGACAUUGACGCGUGGAUGCUGGACAUCCUCAAGAUUGUCUCCAGCAAUGACGUGGGCCAUGACGAGUACUCCACGCAGUCUCUGGUCAAGAAACACAAGGAUGUGGCAGAGGAGAUCGCCAACUAUAGGCCCACCAUCGACACGCUGCACGAGCAGGCCAGCGCCCUCCCCCAGGAGCAUGCCGAGUCUCCAGAUGUGAGGGGCCGGCUGUCAGGCAUCGAGGAACGGUACAAGGAGGUGGCAGAGCUGACGCGGCUGAGGAAGCAGGCACUGCAGGACACCCUGGCCUUGUACAAGAUGUUCAGUGAGGCUGAUGCCUGUGAGCUCUGGAUCGACGAGAAGGAGCAGUGGCUCAACAACAUGCAGAUCCCAGAAAAACUGGAGGACCUGGAAGUCAUCCAGCACAGAUUUGAGAGCCUUGAGCCUGAAAUGAACAACCAGGCUUCCCGGGUCGCAGUGGUGAACCAGAUUGCACGACAGCUCAUGCACAGUGGCCACCCAAGUGAGAAGGAGAUCAAAGCCCAGCAGGACAAACUCAACACAAGGUGGAGUCAGUUCCGAGAGCUGGUCGACAGGAAGAAGGACGCUCUUCUCUCUGCCCUGAGCAUACAGAACUACCACCUUGAGUGCAAUGAAACCAAAUCCUGGAUUCGAGAAAAGACAAAGGUCAUCGAGUCCACCCAGGACCUGGGCAACGACCUGGCCGGCGUCAUGGCCCUGCAGCGCAAGCUGACCGGCAUGGAGCGGGACCUGGUGGCCAUUGAGGCAAAGCUGAGCGACCUGCAGAAAGAGGCGGAGAAGCUCGAGUCCGAGCACCCCGACCAGGCUCAGGCCAUCCUGUCUCGGCUGGCCGAGAUCAGUGACGUGUGGGAGGAGAUGAAGACAACCCUGAAAAACCGCGAGGCCUCCCUGGGAGAGGCCAGCAAGCUGCAGCAGUUCCUGCGGGACCUGGACGACUUCCAGUCCUGGCUCUCCCGGACCCAGACGGCCAUCGCCUCUGAGGACAUGCCCAACACCCUGACUGAGGCGGAGAAGCUCCUCACGCAGCAUGAGAACAUCAAAAACGAGAUCGACAACUACGAGGAGGACUACCAGAAGAUGAGGGACAUGGGCGAGAUGGUCACCCAGGGACAGACCGACGCCCAGUACAUGUUUCUGCGGCAGCGGCUGCAGGCCCUGGACACCGGGUGGAACGAGCUGCACAAAAUGUGGGAGAACAGGCAGAAUCUCCUGUCCCAGUCACAUGCCUACCAGCAGUUCCUUAGGGACACGAAGCAGGCCGAGGCCUUCCUUAACAACCAGGAGUAUGUUUUGGCUCAUACUGAAAUGCCUACCACCUUGGAAGGAGCUGAAGCAGCUAUUAAAAAACAAGAGGACUUCAUGACUACCAUGGAUGCCAAUGAGGAGAAGAUCAAUGCUGUCGUGGAGACAGGCCGGAGGCUGGUGAGCGAUGGAAACAUCAACUCAGAUCGCAUCCAGGAGAAGGUGGACUCCAUUGAUGACAGACAUAGGAAGAAUCGCGAGGCAGCCAGCGAGCUUCUGAUGCGUUUGAAGGACAACCGGGAUCUUCAGAAAUUCCUGCAAGAUUGUCAGGAGUUAUCUCUUUGGAUCAAUGAAAAGAUGCUUACUGCCCAGGACAUGUCUUACGAUGAAGCCAGAAAUCUGCAUAGUAAAUGGUUAAAACAUCAAGCAUUUAUGGCAGAACUUGCAUCCAACAAAGAAUGGCUUGACAAAAUUGAGAAGGAAGGAAUGCAGCUCAUUUCAGAAAAGCCUGAGACGGAAGCUGUGGUGAAGGAAAAACUCACUGGUUUACAUAACAUGUGGGAAGUCCUCGAGUCCACCACCCAGACCAAGGCCCAGCGGCUCUUUGAUGCAAACAAGGCUGAACUUUUCACCCAGAGCUGUGCAGAUCUGGACAAAUGGCUGCACGGCCUGGAGAGUCAGAUUCAGUCUGAUGACUAUGGCAAAGACCUUACCAGCGUCAACAUCCUGCUUAAAAAGCAACAGAUGCUGGAGAACCAGAUGGAGGUGCGGAAGAAGGAGAUCGAGGAGCUCCAGAGCCAGGCCCAGGCCCUGAGUCAGGAGGGGAAGAGCACUGACGAGGUGGACAGCAAGCGCCUCACUGUGCAGACCAAGUUCAUGGAACUGCUGGAGCCCUUGAAUGAAAGAAAGCAUAAUCUGCUGGCCUCUAAAGAGAUCCAUCAGUUCAACAGGGAUGUGGAGGAUGAGAUUUUGUGGGUUGGAGAGAGGAUGCCUUUGGCAACUUCCACAGAUCAUGGCCACAACCUCCAGACUGUGCAGCUGUUAAUAAAGAAAAAUCAGACCCUCCAGAAAGAAAUCCAGGGGCACCAGCCUCGCAUUGAUGACAUCUUUGAGAGGAGCCAAAACAUUGUCACCGACAGCAGCAGCCUCAACGCCGAAGCCAUUCGACGGAGGCUCGCUGACCUCAAGGAGCUAUGGGGUCUCCUCAUUGAGGAGACCGAGAAGCGCCACAGGCGGCUUGAGGAGGCGCACAGGGCCCAGCAGUACUACUUCGAUGCUGCUGAGGCUGAGGCGUGGAUGAGCGAGCAAGAGCUGUACAUGAUGUCUGAGGAGAAGGCCAAGGAUGAGCAGAGCGCCGUCUCCAUGUUGAAGAAGCACCAGAUUCUGGAACAAGCCGUGGAGGACUAUGCAGAGACCGUGCAUCAGCUCUCUAAGACCAGCCGGGCCCUGGUGGCUGACAGCCAUCCGGAAAGUGAGCGCAUCAGCAUGCGGCAGUCCAAAGUGGACAAGCUGUACGCGGGUCUGAAAGACCUGGCCGAAGAGCGGAGGGGCAAGCUGGACGAGAGGCACAGGCUCUUCCAGCUCAACCGGGAGGUGGACGACCUGGAGCAGUGGAUCGCUGAGAGGGAGGUGGUCGCAGGGUCGCAUGAGUUGGGGCAGGACUACGAGCAUGUCACGAUGUUACAAGAACGAUUCCGGGAAUUUGCCAGAGACACAGGGAACAUUGGACAGGAGCGUGUGGACACAGUCAAUCACAUGGCAGAUGAGCUCAUCAACUCUGGUCAUUCGGAUGCCGCCACCAUCGCCGAGUGGAAGGAUGGGCUCAACGAAGCCUGGGCUGACCUCCUGGAGCUCAUCGACACGAGAACACAGAUUCUCGCCGCCUCUUAUGAACUGCACAAGUUUUACCAUGAUGCCAAGGAGAUCUUUGGGCGCAUACAGGACAAACACAAGAAACUCCCCGAGGAGCUUGGGAGAGAUCAGAACACAGUGGAGACCUUACAGAGAAUGCACACCACGUUUGAGCAUGACAUCCAGGCUCUGGGCACUCAGGUCAGGCAGCUGCAGGAGGAUGCGGCCCGUCUACAGGCAGCCUACGCGGGUGACAAGGCUGACGACAUCCAGAAGCGGGAGAAUGAGGUCCUGGAAGCCUGGAAGGCUCUGCUGGAUGCCUGUGAGGGCCGCAGGGUGCGGCUGGUGGACACGGGGGACAAGUUCCGCUUCUUCAGCAUGGUACGAGACCUCAUGCUGUGGAUGGAAGACGUCAUCCGGCAGAUUGAAGCCCAGGAGAAGCCAAGGGAUGUAUCAUCUGUUGAACUAUUAAUGAAUAAUCAUCAAGGUAUCAAAGCUGAAAUCGAUGCUCGUAAUGACAGCUUUACAACUUGCAUUGAACUUGGGAAAUCCCUACUGGCGAGGAAGCACUAUGCAUCUGAGGAGAUCAAGGAAAAGCUAUUGCAGUUGACGGAAAAGAGAAAAGAAAUGAUUGACAAGUGGGAAGACCGAUGGGAAUGGUUAAGACUGAUUUUGGAGGUCCACCAGUUCUCACGGGACGCCAGUGUGGCCGAGGCCUGGCUGCUCGGACAAGAGCCAUACCUAUCCAGCCGAGAAAUAGGCCAGAGUGUGGAUGAGGUGGAGAAGCUCAUCAAGCGCCACGAGGCUUUUGAAAAGUCUGCAGCAACCUGGGACGAGAGGUUCUCUGCCCUGGAAAGGUUGACAACGUUGGAGUUACUGGAAGUGCGCAGACAGCAAGAGGAAGAGGAGAGGAAGAGGCGGCCGCCCUCUCCCGAGCCGAGCACGAAGGCUUCCGAGGAGAUGGAGUCCCAGCAGCAGUGGGAUACCUCAAAAGGAGAGCAAGUUUCCCAGAACGGUUUGCCGACUGAACAGGGAUCUCCACGGGUUAGUUACCGCUCUCAAACCUACCAAAACUACAAAAACUUUAAUAGCAGACGGACAGCCAGUGACCAGCCGUGGUCUGGACUGUGAAGUUCACUACCAUUUGUCAAGAACCACUCUUUCCAAUCCUGUUGGUUUGACCUUUUGGCUUCCACUUCACCCACAGUGUUAAAAUUUUCCUUAAUUCGUAGGCUUCCUUGGUUUCAUAUUUGUUUGCAUUUAAUUCAUGUUUAUUUGGGUCUUUUAAUGAUGGAUGCUCAGUUGCCUUAAAGCAACAUUCUUAAUUUUUUGUUUAUUUAUUGUGAGCUUUUUACUUUAUUAAGAUUUUACAGCGAAAGCCUUACAUGAGUAAUUGAAAUUAAAUGAGAUUACAGCAAAAUGAAGAAGAAAACUAGAAUCCGACAGGUAUGACACAUCCAGUUAUACUAACAGGGUGCAAUACUGCACUACACAGAGCCCCCUUUACAGAUGUUAUUAACCUGCAAUAGUUGAAUAGGAACUAGGAAGACUGGGAUAAGAGGAAAGAGACUCUUAGUACUAAGAUUAAAACUGUAAGUCACCUGUGUCACAUUCCAUGAAGGAUGCCUUUAUUCAUUGAAAAUGAGCAAGGAAGAAAAGGGGGGUGUGGUUGGAUCUACUUGGGAAGCGCUAUUAAUUUUAGGUGCAGAAUCUGAAAUGAUUUUGAGACCCUUGGAUUAUUUAUUUUUCCAAAUGAGUUCCUCUCAUUUUUUUCUGCCAAGACCCGAAUUGAGACUUCUAGGCUUACUUGCAGCAGAUAACGCAGCCAGCCUCAGGAGUGAAGUGCCUUUUGACCUCUGCCGCGCCCCCCACGUCUUGAUCACUUUCGGCACCACCGUGACGCCCAGUGUGGCGGGUGGCAGCGGCUCUCAGCAUGUUUCGGAAGCCUGCCUCUCAGACUUCCAGGCCUCUUCAUUCAGUUGAUGACUUCAGGGUGUCAGACCGUUUAAGUUUUUCAAACAAACAGAACAGAAGCCUUUCUGGUUCACCCUGAUUACUUGAACCAUGCAUGUGGUGGACCACCCCUAGGAGCCGUUGGACACCGCUUGGCUUCAGGAGUAAUUUUAGUGUCUGUGUAGACAAAUUUCGUUGUAUGUCUCAUAUGGAUCUUCUCAUUUAUUUUUCAUUUUCUCACGACCUUUUGUGGAGUUCUCCAAUAAGGAGUCUUUUAGGAUGGCAUUUAUCAGACCACCAGCAGGGAUUGAAUAUGUUUUAACAUAAAUUCUAUUCCUUAGGAAUAAAAGCUUAUGAAAGAGGGGAUUUCCUGGUACUGAUAAAGACAGAACAGAACCAAAUCCAUACUACAUCAAAGCCUUGUGAGACAGUCACUUGCUCAUUUGCCAUAUUUAGAUGUUAGUGAAAUCAGAAACCUGUUUUGAUAUGUGUUUUCCAUGAGUUAAGUCUGAUUUGUCUUUUCAUUUCAUGAUGCAUGUCUUUUUUUUUUUCUUUUGUCAGGAUAACAUCAUAUAGCAUCUUGUUUGUUUUUCCUUAUUUCUAUGUACAUAUCUAUCUACUUGUAACUGUAGAUGGGUAUAUAGAUAGAUGCCAAGCUUCUUAUGUUCUGGGGGUAGUGUGCACCAUUAUUGGGUCUCUGCCUUAAACACACCAAAAUUCAUUUUAGAAAAAGUACUGCUUUAUCUUUUGGUCAUUAGGGAGCCCUGACAUGUGUUUCUGGCUCCAAAUUCUGUGUGUCAUUGAUCUAUAUGUAUAUAUGUGAUGUUUCAUAUAUAUAUAUAUAUAUAUAUAUAUAUAUAUGUUUAAAUUUUAUAUCAUCUGGAAUAACACCCAAUUUUAUGCUUUUUUGUAUUCAGAAGACAAAAAAAGGAAAAAAAAGAAACCACGUAAGCACAGAGAAGGAGUGCUAUGAUGUUUUUGGCAUUUGUUCUCAUGCCUAUUUUUAUCUAGAUUUUUAAAUUUGUAGCUUGCCAGAACAAAUUUUUUAUUGUAAUUGAAAAAAGAAAAGCCUUUUCAUUCUUUUGAGUUGUGGUGCAGAGACUCAAGUUAAUGAACUUGAAAAUAGUGUUGCUUCAUGCACUUAGAAAACCAAUCAGGUGUUUCUUGUGCUACUAGUUGUCACGUUGCAUUUAUGCUCAUUCACCUCCUGAUUUAAAGAUCUCAGGUGUACCCAGCCACUAAAGCACUCUGGACUAAUCGCUAAAGAGAAGCAAUGUGGGGGGGUGGGGAGUGGGGGGGCGAGUCACAUGUAUGGUCAUAGCGCUAUGAUUUGCUUUUGAUGUUUGUCUCUAGUGAUGUGUUGUCUGUUGGCAUGCUUCAGCACAUGUCCAUUAAAAUUCAUUUUGUUCCUUUUA